AUGAGAGGUGUAGCCUGGAACUGUAGAGGGUUGGGGCAGACCUCUACAGUUCGCGAGCUGAAGUCUCUGCUCAGAUCGCGCUCUCCUGAUUUUGUUUUUUUGACUGAGCUCAAGGUGGAUGCUAAUCCGCUGGAAGGAUCUAUGGGACGUGACCCUUUCAUCCCUUUCAUUUCUCAACUAGUGGAGUCUCGUGGCCUAAUAAAUAUGCAUAUUCAAGGAGAUAUGAUGACCUGGGAUAAUCAUCGAUCUGGGAAAAACCAUGUGAAAUCUGCUCUGGAUAAAGGCAUUGUGAAUGGAGCGUGGCUUCAGCUGUUUCCAAAAACUGCUUUGUGGUCUGUUCAGACGAGUACUUCUGACCACAGACCUUUAUGCUUGGACACGGGAGGAAUUGGUCCUAAAUUCUCCAGAUGUUUCAAGUUUGAGGAAAGUUGGACGCGGGAUUGCAGAAGCAACCUUAUUGUUGCCAAUGCCUGGGAUUCGGUGGCCCAUCCUUGGGCCCCUGCUCGAGUUUUUAAAAAGAUUGGCGCUACUCGGGUAGCCCUCCUUCAAUGGAAUAGAACCCAAUUUGGUAAAAUCGACGGGGUCAUUCGAGAGCUAGAACAAAAUCUGGACCAAAUGCAACAACUACCAGCUGGUUCCAGAAACUGGAAUUCAGAGAUUGAAGUUAGACGAAGAUUGAAUGAAGCCCGAGCCAAAAAAGCGAUUUAUUGGAAGCAAAGGGCUAGGAUUUCGUGGCUUAAGGAUGGUGAUAAAUGCUCUAAAUUUUUCUUCCUUUCUGCUGCUAUAAGAGGAAGAAGAAAUGCCAUUGAAUGCAUUCUGAAUAAAAACAAUGAAUGGAUUAAUGACCGAACGCUGAUAGGACACGAAUUCCUGGACUUUUUCAAUAACAUUUUUUCUAGUUCUGAUAGUAAUCGACUGAUGGACUGUGGUCAUCUAUUUCGAGAGAAGAUUUCUAUUGAGAAUCAAGCUGAUGUUGUUUGUUGUCCUUCCCGUGAAGAGAUUAGAAGAACCUUGUUUGCCAUGAGUAACCACAAGGCUCCCGGCCCUGAUGGAAUGUCAGUGCUUUUCUUCAAACACUACUGGGAGUCCGUUGGAGAUGACUUUUGCGAUGCUGUUGAAGAUUUCUUUGUCAAUGGUCGAAUGCACAGGGGGUUAAUUCGACGAAUAUUAAAACCUAUUCUUCCUUCUCUAAUAUGCCCUACUCAAGCUACGUUUGUUCCAGGAAGGAAUAUCCAGGAUAACAAUGUUAUGGUGCAAGAAAUCAUUCAUUCCUUCAAUAGGAAGAAAGGUAAAGAGGGUUUUUUUGCGAUCAAGAUUGACCUUGUUAAAGCUUAUGAUAGAGUGAGCUGGAAAUUUAUUGAUCACGUUCUACAGAAUUUCGGAUUUCCACAACAAUUCUGUAGUUGGGUUUCUCAAUGUAUUACCACUUCUUCCCUCAAUAUUUGCCUUAACGGUGGCCCUGUUGGUAAGAUUCUUCCUUCUUGUGGCCUUCGUCAAGGGGACCCGUUAUCUCCCUAUCUGUUCAUCUGUGCAGCGGAAGUGCUGUCUAGGCUGUUGGAGGAAGAGUUAGGAAAAGGAAUUAUUCAUGGUAUUAAAUUAAGUAGAGGGGGCCCGGUGCUAUCCCAUGUUUUCUUUGCGGAUGACCUAAUUCUGGUUGGUCGUGCCAACUUACUUGAGGCCAAAGGCUUUUGGAAUUGUCUUGAGAAGUUUUGCGAGUGGUCUGGGCAGAAGGUCAAUAAGCUUAAGACUUCCAUAUUCUUUAGCAAGAAUACCCCUGAUGGCAUGAGGAGAGGAAUUAAAGAAGCUCUGGGUUUAGAUUCUCCUGAAGGGGUUACUAAGUAUUUGGGAUUACCCCUCUUCAGAUCUAGACAAAAAGAUGCUGAUUUUAACUUCAUUCUUGACAAUCUCACGUCAAAGUUACAAGGCUGGAAGGCCAAAACUCUAUCAAAAGGCGGCCGGGCUACUCUUAUUAAGUCGGUGGGCUUGUCUAUGCCUAUCUAUGCCAUGCAAACGACUAAAUUGUCUAAUCGCCUUGUGAAUCGGAUUGAUGGUCUAAUUCGUGAUUUCUGGUGGGGUUUUGAGAAAGGAAACCAUGGUCUUCAUCUUAGAGCAUGGGACAAACUUUGCCUUCCCAAAUCGUUGGGAGGACUGGGUUUUCGGAAAACGAGGGAAAUGAAUCUUGCCUUUUUGGCUAAGUGGGGAUGGAACUUAUUAUCAGGAAAGCAGUCGUUAUGCUCUAAGAUCCUGGAGGCCAAGUACCUGAGGGGGAGAGAGUUUCUCAACUGUAGUUAUAAAGAUUCUGACUCCUGGUUUUGGAAGAAUGUAGUUAAAGCAAGCACAAUCCUUCGGAAAGGAGCGUGUAAAAGGGUGGCAGAUGGAAGAGAUAUUAGUAUCUGGAGGGAUCCUUGGAUCCCUCACUUGAAAGGUUUUGUUCCGAAACCAAAAGAAGGUGUGGUGCAGGAUAACAAUUAUGUUGCUGAUCUCUUGACACCCGGGGGUGGGUGGGAUAUGGGAAAGCUUCAUAAUCUCUUUGACCACGAGACCAUUUCAGCUAUUCUUAAGGAUGGAUUUCCUCCAGGUAGUGGCAAGGAUAGUUGGUUAUGGACUUUGGAAAGUAAUGGGCAAUUCUCUUGCAAAUCUGCUUACCUUGCCCAGGCUUUGGAGAGAGCCCCCUACUGCGAUGUCGCUCCUUCUCUGUGGAAUAAACUCUGGAAUAGUAAAAUUAUGGAGCGCCAAAAGGUUCUUUGGUGGUGUAUCCUCUCUAAUGCCCUUCCGGUUAGAGCAGUCAUUAGAAAAAGAUUUCCGAUUGAUGAUUCAAAAUGUCCUCUCUGUGGAGGGGGGGAGGAAACCAUGGAGCAUCUCUUUCUUACUUGUGAUGUGGCGAUGCACUUGUGGCCUUCGUCUCCUUGGGGUAUUUUUCCUAUGUGUGAUUCGGGCAUUCGAGUCUGGGAUUGGGUGAAGUUCAUCUGGAGCCUUAAUAAUAGAGGUGUUAAGGCUGAGGAUGUCUUUCUCUAUGCGUCCAUUGUUGUUGACAAUAUCUGGCGGAUGCGAAAUGAUGCUGUUCACAACAACAUCCCUCCGGAUAUUCUGAAAUGCAUUGACAUUAUUUGUUCUUCUUUUGCAGAGAUACAUACUACCUUUUUGCCGAGUCCUUCGCCGUUGGUGAGGGAUAGCUGGAUCCCACCACCUCUGGAGUGGAUCAAAUUUAAUUGUAAUGUUCGUGUGGGAUUAGAGAGUAUGUGUUUAGCUGUUGUUGCAAGGAAUCAUCUGGGAAGGGUGAUGAGUGUUCACACGUCCCGGUUGGGUUUCUGUGAUGCUCUUUGUGGAGAAGCUGCAGCCUGCUGCUUGGCGAUAGAGCUCCAGCAUAAGUUUAUAAUAGUGGAGAGUGACUCGAGGAUAGUGAUCAACGCCCUUAAUGGGAAGGCGUCCCAUUGGGCUCUAGAGAACUAUGUCUCAUUUUGCACUAAGUCUUCUCCUUUUUUCAUUGGUUGUAAUUUCUCUAACAUUAGUAGGUCUUGUAAUUUUAUGGCCCAUAAUGUGGCUUAUUGGGCUUUUAACAACCAGAUGUACGGAUCUAUUCCGAUCGACUCUUUACCGGAGAACAUUUUGUGUAAUGACCGAGAGGACUAG